CCCGACCUUCCUCCUACUUCUUCAGUGUGCCCGGUCUGAUCUGAUCGUCCCGCAGCAGGCUGACACCGAUCACACACAUCAUGGCGUUCUUCACUCACCAGAUCUGCAGAGGUUUGUCGUCCUCGGCUGUGAGGAAUGUCGUUAUUAAACAUGUGACGGUCAUCGGAAGUGGGCAGAUGGGUGCGGGAAUUGCACAGAUUGCUGCAUCAACUGGUCACUCGGUGACGCUCGUGGACACAAAUGACGAAGUCCUUAAAAAGGCCGUCAAAGGAAUUGAAGGGAACCUCAAAAGAGUGGUCAAGAAGAAGUUUGCUGACAAGCCAGAGGCGGGUCAAGAGUUCAUCCAGAAAGCCCUGCAGAACGUGUCAACCUCGACAGAUGCUGCAUCUGUAGUUCAGGCCUCGGAUCUCGUGGUGGAGGCCAUCGUGGAAAAUCUAAUAAUCAAGCAGGAUCUCUUCGGUGGGCUUGACAAGCUGGCACCAGCACACACCAUCUUUGCCAGCAACACAUCCUCCCUGUCCAUCACGGACAUCGCCAGCUCCACCAACAGGCUGGAUAGAUUUGCCGGCCUUCACUUCUUCAACCCAGUCCCUGUGAUGAAGCUGGUAGAGGUCAUUGGAAUCUCAGCAACAAGCCAAGAGACUCUGGAUUGUCUCCUGAACUUCAGCAAAAUACUGGGAAAAACUCCCGUGUCCUGCAAGGACACGCCAGGAUUCAUUGUAAACCGCCUACUUCUUCCCUACAUCAUAGAGGCCGUCCGAAUGUAUGAGAGAGGUCAUGCAUCCAAAGAGGACAUUGAUAUUGCCAUGAAACUCGGUUGUGGUUAUCCCAUGGGACCCCUUGAGCUCGCAGACUAUGUAGGACUAGACACGAUGAAGUUCAUCAUGGAUUAUUGGUCUGCAGCGAAUCCAGAGAACCCCUCCUUCGCCCAGAGUGAGUUGCUGAACAAGUUGGUUGCGGAGGGCAAAUUCGGCAAAAAGACAGGAGAAGGAUUCUACAAGUACAAGUGAUGUACUCACGCCACUGAAACUAGUCAGAACCUCCGAGAGUAAGCCAUCCAACAGGAACUGAUUAGAAGCGGAAAUAGAAAAAGUGCCUUCUCUAAUAAAGGCCGACUUUUGUCUGUCAGUCCAUUUUCUGAUGGACGUCCACUGAAUGACGUCUUUUUGUGUGUGAAGAGAUUCAAUCAGAUUAAAAUCGUUUUUUCAAAUACUUGGUGUCUGUUCUCAUUGUAGGUGCGGUUUUGACUGCCGUGCAGAUGCAUACAGAACUGGGUAAUAUUUAUGAUUAACAUAAAAUGUGAAUGCUUCUGAUAUCUACUAGCAUCAGUCAAAUUAAUAUUGGUGGUACAAUAACACAACAAAAUGUAUUGGACUUGCUGUGACCUGAGGCAUUCGGCUGUGCUUACUAUAUAAUGUGUUGUGUACAUCCUUGAGCUGUAACAGACGUGUUCAUUAAAUUUCCUUACUCAUACAA